AUGUCCCUCUCAGCGUAUGUCGCUGCGUUCAAGAACACGCCGCACGCGCUGUACCCGCUCGGCGCAGGGCUCCUAAUUACCUCGUCUAUGCUCUUCGGCAACAUUGGCCUCUCGCUCGCCGGCCCGCUGCCAAUCAUCACGGAGAAGCUCGGAGACAGCACGCUGGGCACCAAGCAGAAGAUCCGAGUCUGGCGCCUCUUCUACGACGCCGCCACUCCUUACAUCGUGGGCGGAACCCUGGCGACCGUGGCUCUGCACGGAGGCGCGGUGUAUCUGACCAAGAAUGUCACUGUCAAGCAAUUGGCCACCGCGUCUGCUGUGUUGAGCGGCAUCGUGUUACCUUACACUCUGGCACUCAUUAUGCCAGUCAACAAGGCCCUGAUCUACCUCGAUGAGAAGGACAUUUCCAAGUCCGAGUCGCGGCAGGCUAGGGCGCUUAUCAAGCAGUGGGAUUUCCUACACAAGUUCCGCUUCAUCUUUUACGGUACGGGCUGGCUGCUCAGCCUCGCCGCAAUUGGCGUCGGCCUGCACAAGAGAGUCGAUGCCAAGGGCCUGGUCAGCUGGUUUGCAUAA